CGCGGAGCGGGCUGUGCGCGGGAUGGAAGAUGGACGGCGGAGACGCCGCGGCAGAGACAUUUGUUUGGGUUAACAAUGCAUCUGCACAUUCCCAGAGUGUUGCCAAGGCAAAGUACGAGUUCCUAUUUGGCAAACCGGAAGAGAAAACUCCAGAUUCUGGUGUUUCCCAACAUCCUCCUGCAGGUAAUCAUGGAGGAAGCACCUUGCUCCCGCCCCAUGUCACAAAUGAAUUCCCAGAAUAUGGGGCCACGGAGGAAGGCAGAGAAGGCCUACCAGCAUCUCUGGAGUUUGAGGUAGAGUCUCUGCCAUGUCGCCCACCAGGGCAUCAGGUAGUUCACCUUCUUGCUGGCCAAGACUGUGGGCUCAGCAGUGUUACAGAAGGACAAAAUGAUGUCAUAGAGGGCUCCCCACAAAAUCGCCUCAAGGAACAAAGUUUACAGUCCAUUGACUCUUUGAUUUCAUCUCUGAAAGCCACAGAAGCCAGAAUAGCUUCAGGAACCUUACAGACUACAAAAGUACUGGUUAAAAAUGCUAGUUUUCCAGUUCAGCAUGUGGAAAAAGGGCUAAGCACUGCCAACCAUAAGACACAGAGAGUCCACAAACCAUUCCCUGCUGGCCCAGGAAAAUCACCAGAUAGCCCUCUUUCAGCAGAAUUACUAACUGAGGAAACUUUUUAUUUGAACAUUCAGGAGGAUCUGACUGCACUGUUACCUGAAGGAGCUCAGGCGGAGCUUUCCCAUGUAACCAGUGAUAGGAGACCAGGGCCUAUUCAUGAGCAUGAGCCAGUGUGUCCUGCAUCUUCCCUGCAGAGCUCAGUGACGGCCCAUAAUUCUUCUGGCAGUGCUGGAUGCUUGAAAGAUCAGAAAUCUGACCAUGACAGAGAGUAUCCAAGGGGAUGUGAUCGAGGUGGCUCCGUGGGACGCCAAGGUCGGAUCAAACAUGUGGAGUUUCAAGGUGUAGAGGUAUUGUGGACAGGAAGAGAGAAGAGAGAGUCCCAACAUUCUGUAGGCUUUGAGACACCACCAGAAAGGACAGCCUCUACUGUGAGCCAAGAGGUUGCGCCAAGCCAUUGCAUCUCAGCUCUUGGCUUGUGUGAUUCCAUCAGUGUAACUGGGAGUGUUUGGGAUGAACCCUGGAAAGCUUCACAACGGCCUGGCACUAGCUCAGGGAUGUUGUCCCCUGUGCCUUUUGCUGAAAGUGGUGAGGAUGAAGUCUUCCUCAAGGAAAGCAAAGACCACCUUGAGAAGAUCUCUGAACUAGAGGGAGAUAAGGAAAGGAUCCUUGAACAAGAGGAGCACUUUAAGGGAGCUGACGAUGAUACCCUUGGGCCUGGAUACACAGAGGACUCCACUGAUGUGUACAGCUCUCAGUUUGAAACCAUUUUGGACAACACUUCUUUAUACUACAGUGCAGAGUCCCUGGAGACACUAUACUCAGAGCCUGACAGCUAUUUUAGCUUUGAAAUGCCCCUUACUCCAAUGAUCCAACAGCGCAUCAAAGAAGGUGGUCAGUUCUUGGAGAGGACUUCUGUGGGAGGACAUCAGGAUGUCCUGAGUGUGUCAACAGAUGGUGGAAUAAUAAUGGGCUAUUCCAGCGGAAUCACCAAUGGGCUGAAUGAUUCUGGCAACUCCAUCUACACAAAAGAUCCUCAAGAGAUUGCUUUUUGGGGAAGCAAUGCUGAGGUGAAAUCAACACGGCUAGAAGCUCAUUCUGAAAUGGGGAGCACGGAAAUUCUGGAAAAGGAGACUGCAGGUAGUCUCAGUAACGGUACCAAUGGCAACGUGGAAGCAGCCAAAAGACUGGCCAAACGUCUGUAUCAACUAGACAGAUUCAAAAGAUCGGAUGUUGCGAAACAUCUAGGCAAGAACAAUGAAUUUAGCAAACUAGUUGCAGAAGAAUAUCUGAAGUUUUUUGAUUUUACAGGAAUGACUCUAGAUCAGUCUCUCAGGUAUUUUUUUAAAGCAUUUUCCCUUGGGGGAGAAACCCAGGAACGAGAAAGAGUUUUAAUACACUUCUCCAAUAGAUAUUUUUAUUGUAAUCCAGAUACUUUUGCUUCACAAGAUGGAGUCCACUGCCUCACCUGUGCAAUGAUGCUUCUGAACACUGAUCUACAUGGCCAUAAUAUUGGAAAGAAGAUGACUUGCCAAGAGUUCAUUGCUAACCUCCAAGGGGUAAAUGAAGGUGUUGAUUUCUCCAAGGAUCUGCUGAAAGCUCUGUACAACUCAAUCAAGAAUGAGAAGCUUGAAUGGGCGGUAGAUGACGAUGAGAAAAAAAAGUCCCCUUCAGAAGGUACUGAUGAGAAGGCUAAUGGGACACAUCCAAAGACCAUCAGUCGGAUUGGGAGCACGACUAACCCAUUUUUGGACAUUCCUCAUGAUCCUAAUGCUGCUGUGUACAAAAGUGGGUUCUUGGCUCGCAAAAUCCAUGCAGAUAUGGAUGGAAAGAAAACUCCAAGAGGAAAGCGAGGAUGGAAAACCUUUUAUGCUGUCCUGAAGGGAACAGUUCUCUACUUGCAAAAGGAUGAAUAUAAGGCAGAGAAGGCGUUGUCCGGGGAGGACUUGAAGCGUGCAGUGAGUGUGCACCACGCACUAGCGUCCGAGGCCGCCGACUAUGAGAAGAAGCCGAACGUGUUCAAGCUGAAAACCGCAGACUGGAGAGUGUUGCUCCUUCAGACCCAGAGUCCAGAGGAAAUGCAAGGGUGGAUAAACAAAAUUAAUUGUGUUGCAGCUGUAUUUUCUGCACCACCAUUCCCAGCAGCUAUUGGCUCUCAGAAGAAGUUUAGUCGCCCACUUUUGCCAGCCACUACAACAAAAUUAUCUCAGGAGGAACAGCUGAAAUCUCAUGAAAGCAAGCUAAAGCAGAUCACCACUGAGCUGGCUGAGCAUCGCUCAUAUCCCCCCGACAAGAAGGUCAAAGCCAAGGACAUUGAUGAAUAUAAGCUCAAAGAUCAUUAUUUGGAGUUUGAGAAAACACGCUAUGAAAUUUACGUCAACAUUCUGAAAGAAGGCGGCAAGGAGCUCCUGAGCAGUGAUGAAGGCGAGGGUGCAGGGCUGAAGAAGUCACACUCGAGUCCUUCACUGAACCCAGAUUCUUCUCCCAUCACUGCCAAGGUCAAGCGUAAUGUAUCAGAGAGGAAGGAUCAUCGACCUGAAACACCGAGCAUUAAGCAAAAAGUUACUUAGGAUCUGUCUGUGGCCAGGAAAUGCUGGUCAUGGAACAAAAUAGGGUUUUUCAAGAUCUUUCUGGUAAUCCGUGAAUCUAUUAAAAAAAAUAGUCUGUGACUAAAUGGUGCAUUAGUAACUUUUUAUAUUAUAUUAUUUUUGUUAGUUUCUGUACAGAUGUCUUUGUUCUUGAUUUCUUUGCUUUGAUGAUGUCUGCAACUUUAUAACUAAUGCACCUUUUUGUGAGGGGCAGAGGACCGUGAUUUCAGGAUGAAUUACGGAUCCCUUCUCCAUUGAUUUGUUUUUUCUCUUAUUUGCACUCUGCUCAGUUGUUUCAUGUAUUUUCAAUCAACUGUUACACUUUUUUUAAGGUUAAAAACUUUAAGUCAUUGUGAAACACUUAACUGGACAAACAUUGUGGCUUAGUAUAUCCUAGCCAGAGUUAACGUCAGCCUUUUUAUGUGGAAUCUCUCCCAGUCACAGAAGUGGAGUUGAGUGCUUAUGAUGCUCAAGUAAGAAUGACAGUGCCGGGGUCGAGGCAUCCCACUGUGAUGCCUCUGUGAGCAUCCUGGCUCCCUGAGUUGAGUUCCGACCCUGCUGGAAGCAGGAGAAAGGAGGCAUGAAGAUCACAGGAUGGAGAACAUAGGGAGGCAUGCCAGCUUGCCUUCCAGCCAAGCAUGGAAAUGAGGAUGUGGGGUCGUUUUGCCAAUUGAAGGCUGAGAACCUGAAGAGGGACUGAUACCAGGUCUUUCUUGCUUUCUGCAAAGAUAGUGGCAAGCAGCAGCUCUUCACAAGCCACAGCAGUCGGUGGCAUAUUGUUCUGCCAGACAGUGUCGCAUCACUCCCACAGGGUCUAGACUAGGAAUCCAGAACCAUCUCUUAUCACUGGUCCCUGUCUGUCUAGGAAUGGUUUAUUUUUACUCUAGACAAAUAUAUAGGCAUGAAGCCAUGUCCUGGUUGUAACAAUAUAAAUUUGAAAAUGGAACCCCUUUUGUUCUUUCAAGGAGAAGUAAGGGAGCAAAAAGCACCAGUCAUUCUUCAGCAGUGGAAAGUGAUCCUUUAGACUAAAUUUCUAAUUUUCUGAAUGAAUUGUGACUGAAGAUGGAGGAACCUGACAAUUGCAUAUGCAGUCUCUUCAACUACAGUUCCUUCAGACUCUGAUAAUCACUUCACUCUCACUAGUCAAGUUGGCCCUAAAAGUUCUUUUUCUAUUUAAAUCUUACUGCUUUCUAUAUACUAUUUGCCUUGUUGUUAUGGCAGUCCCUUUGAAAUUGCAGCAGGACAUUGUUUUUAGAGGAUGAGCAAGGAAUGAAACCUGAGCUUCCACUACGACCGUCAGGUUUCAAACUUCAAAAUUCUGCACUCCUCAAAACAGUCUUAUUCCCAAACACUGUGUCUUUGGAACUAACAGGAUCCCACUGAACAUUCUCUUCCUCCCUUGGACAUGUUCUCUACUCCUCCUUAGCUUCUUUGUUGAUGGUACUAUGACCAAAGAAUCAGCUGCUGUGCAUGCUAGCAUGGUUCCAGUGAAUCAGAGAAAACCUGCUAGAAAUCUAUGGUUGCUUUUAGAAAUACAGUGUUAGAAUGUGCUAGCAUUUAGUUACAGGAUUAUUUAUUAACAUUUCCUUUCCCCAUAUACAUAUCCAUAUUGCUGGUGCCCAGAGAAGAGUAACCCCUCUCCAAGGCUGUAGUUGCUUCCUGGGUGGUGUUUUGCUGCACAUUUGGAAACUCCCUUUAGCCCGUAUCUUACUUAGGCAAAGGCAAUGACUAAAUGUAUCUUUCAGAACCGUGAAACAAGCAUGUUAGAUACACCAGUGUGGUCCAUGUACCUCAGAUAUUCUUGUAGCUUCCUAUUGAAUCUAAGGAUUCUAAGAGCUAAUUGCCUUUAUUCCUAGAAGUUGAGUUAUUAUGGCUUGUUUCCUACAUAAAAUAUUUGUACUCACUGAAGUGAGAUAGGUGCCCAUGCCGGUUAUCUUUGAAUUUCAUUCAGUAGCUGAAGGACAUUUAACAUGUUUGAACAUGCCUGCUCACCAUGUGUGUUUGUGCACAUACAGUGUUGGUGUGUGCUUUGAUGACUGGGAGAAUCUCCUGUGCCGUGCCGCAGUGUUUCUGACACGCAGAGCGCUGUGGAAAGACUCCUGCACCAGCACCACAGCACGGGUCCUGCCAUGGGACUCAGAGUGGUGCUCCAGGGAAACACUCAGACAUUCGCACGACAAAGACACUUGUCAAGCACCAGAAUACAGUGUCUGCAUCGUUUUAUCUUGAAACAACUUCACACUUCUAUGAGUCAGGAUCUUUAGUGCAAUGCUGCCCAUCUUCAGGGGAGGGGCUAAAAAUACCUCUUCCUGGGGCCCCCAAAAGGUUUUUUUCUUCUGUCAGUGUGAUGUGCAGGCCAAGAUUUUAUCUGAUGGGAAGAAACAGCCUCCAAUCUGAUUGGAUAUUGAGUCUGGUCCAUAGCCAACCUCCUUUUCCUUUGUGACAAGUUGUUCCCUGAAGUAUUGGGUCAAAAGAAAUGGAAGGUAUUCCCUUUCAGGGUUAGUCCACGCCUGUUGUCAAAUUUAUGGUACAGGGAGCUGUCCUCCCUGCCUUUCUUCCAAGGUACUUCCCUUCCCUCUGCUCUAUGUCUGCUUCUCACCCCUACCUCAGUGCCCUAGAGUCCUAGAGUUCCACUCCAUGUGGUAAAACAUUAUUUUGCUUUACAUGCAUACCCUUCAUAGUGAUUUCUAGUUGUAAGAGCUCUUGACAAGUUACCCAAAGUCCUUGGUAAUAGUCUUGACACAAAAUUGACUACGGAAGCGCCCCACGUAUAAGAUUCAUGAGUGUUUCAGGGUUUCGCUCCUAUAUCACAUGCUGGCUUCUGCAAAGUAGUGUCAGAGUCAGUGUUUGCAAUGAAAAUCUAACUACCACCAUAAAGAGACCCUGUUUUAUUGGCAUUUCAUACACAUUUCUGAAAUGUACUUUUCAAAAAUAACAUUUACCCAACUUGUAGCCAUGUGUAAACUAAGCCAAGUGUUACUUUUAUGCCACUUAAUUAACCUUGGUAGAGCCAUCAUGUGGGAGAGUCCUCUGAUAGAAAGUUCUGAUAUGUAUGUAACGCCUUCAGUGUCUUGGGUGAAGAGGAUUAAGGCAUUUUCUCAGGCAGUGGUAUUUUGAGGUCCACAUGACCCUCUGUGCUGUUCCAGCUAUUGCCCUCAUCCUAAAAAUUAGUGCUGUUGCCCUCAUCCUAGAAAUUAGUGCUGUUGCCCUCAUCCUAAAAAUUAGUGCUGUUUUCUAGGCAAAAGUAACAUGAGGAAAUUCACUGUGGAAGAGGAAAAUCUGGCUGGCUUUCCAAAGUUCAGCUAGUUUUGUGUUUCACCUUGAAGCCAUACCACAGAACUUGGAAAGUUAGAGAGAAAGCUGCCAAGCCAGCAGGAAGAAAGUCCCUUUGCUCCCUCAGCACUAAGUCACUGUCUCUUCCUGUACCAUAGAAGGGGCAAAGGCAGUGCUCUGAGAUAAGGCAGGACUGCUAGUCCUGUGGUGCACAUCUUUUCUGCCUGUUUGAAGUUUGGGGAAAAACAGUUCCCUUAUGAAAGUCAUUUUCUCCACUCUGCCCAAUCAAGACCUUAGAUGCUGUUAGUUGUCCUUGGUAUUUGACUUCUUUGGAGUUUUUUGUUUUUGUUUUUUUUUAUAGUAAUCAGUCUAGCUUAUUUCAUUCUCACUUGACAGUAAGUUCCUUAGCUUGAUACAUCCUAAUCUCUGUAGUUUGGCUCUUCUGGACUGACUUUAGCAGGUCAGUAACCACUUCCCUGAUACUAAUAGAGUCAUUCCUUCUUCCAAUAACAGGAUUUCUUUCCCCCACUUGGAAAGCUAGCACUGAAAACCCAAGAACCAAAGUAGCAUCCUGGAACAGAUUUAAAGGAGAGUCUAGCUCAAAGAUAACAGUGCAACAUUAGGUUUAAAUGGGAUUUGCUAUUGUUCCAGAGCUUCUUUAUUGCUCAGACAGAAAUACAUUGGUCCGUUUCAUAGGCAGACGAGCUCCCUGGACUACCUUGCUCCAAAGCUUUCGGCCUUUUCAUUCACCCACACCAGGUUACUGGUUGGUCUGAUGGUCAGCAGAUCUCUUUCCAUCUACUUUUGACAUCUAACAUCAUCAGGCUAACCAGGAGAUCUAUACAAAACAAUCCGGAUCAGUCACUGAUGGUGGUACAGAGGUAGUCACUGCCUAUCUCUUUUCUUCAACUUCUUUUCCAUCCCUCAAACCUAAAAGAAGGACUCAAUUUGAAAGUCAUUCUUCUUUUACACCUACAGUAUCCCAAGUGGGCACCCUUCAACUGAGGACAAAAAAAAUGGCCUGUUGCAUGCAGAGAGAAUGUCAGUCAGUACUUGAAUCUGCAUGAUGGUUUCUUGACUUGAAUGCAAGAACAAGGAAAUAUUGCAAGUUAUCUGUAUAUACAGCAGGUUUCCUUAGGUCUUGUGGGCACAGCCUUUGUAAUCUGUGUGUAUCUGUUGUAGUGCAGGCGUUUGGAGAGUAUUCAUGUAGAUAGUAUGUCAUAUGUCAAACACUGUGUUCUGUAACCUGACAAUGUUGUAUUUGUGGGUAUUUAUAGUUGUAUGUACAUGUAUUAAUGUGUAGAUUGUGUAUUAGUAUGUGGCAUAUGUACAUUGAAAUUACUUUUGUCCUUAGCCAGUAUAAUAUGAAAAGCAAGUAAAAAACAAAACCUCAUAGGAUUAAUUGUAUAGUACAGUUGUUGAGAGUAUAUAUAGUGGCAUUGUUUUAUUAAAUGUAAAUUCAAAUAAUAUUUUGAUUAAAAGUAUAAAUAAGACUUUAUUCUAGAAAAUUCCAUCUUUAAGAUUUUAAUGACCAGGGCAAAAAUGACUGAACUAAACUUGUGAUUCUAUUGAGGUGUACAGUGUGCAAUAAAACAGGAGUAAUUCAUUACAGUUUGGGAACUACAGAAAGAAGUGGGGUAGGGGAGCCAACCUGUGCAUCCUAGCAACCUUAAUAUCAAUAGCACUUAAACGUAAAGUUGAACCGGUAAUUUUGGGCUUAUUACAAGAUGUGAUCUUUAAAACUCACGUUCUUUAUUGCUGUAAUUAGUCCAGAAAAAUAAACAUAGCUUUCAGAAGAACAGAUAAGUACCCAGCUUAACCUUUUGUACCAGUGUGCACUUUAGAGUAAACCCAUCAUUCUCCCGGUGCCACACCCUCACCCACUUUCCUUUUAAGGAGUAUCACAGGUACUGAAGUAUAUCAGGGCAUCCCAAGAUUGGGUACUGUAUUCCAGGUUCAGUUGCACAAAUUAGCAGCUAGUAUGACAGGUACAAAGGACUUUAGGACUAGGUUAAAACUUUAUUUGAUAUUUUUAUACUUAGAUCUCUCUUUCCUGCCUCUCCCCAAAGAAGAGCCACUGGCCUUAGUUAUUUAACCUUAUUGCUUAUAUUAUAGAGUGUAAAUAGAUAACUAGAGACUAGAGUUUUAUUAACCAGCAUGUUUGGUGUAUUUAAAGCGGCGACUGAGUGUGUUUUGAGUGAGUGGUUGGGUGCAGAGUAUCUUGUUUGAACACACUGCCUCCUGUCUUUGUGUCUGAUUCAGAGAAUUGGAACCGUGGGGUUAGAGACAAAUUUCUAUCCCCAGGCUGUAGUAGUGUGUUGGUAGUUACACUUGAGGUUUUGUUUUUAUUAACUCUACAGUCUCAAACUAAUUUUUACAUAUAUAAAAUAUCUCCUAAUUUAUUCUCAACGUGCAGUGGACUGGCUCUGCAACUGAUUUGCAGGGUCUUAAUUCUGCAAGAGUCUGUCCUUUUAAGAAUUCAUUAUGAAACUUGCAGAAAACAGUCAUUUAAUUUAGAAUUUACUUAGAAAAGGAGUAAUAGAAAUAAAGUUUAUUUUUGGAUGUAGUCAUUGAAAUGUUUUGACUUUAAUAUAAAGCCAUGGAGGUUGUAGAGCCAAGUAACCCUUGACAUGGAUGAUAAUAUCCACUCUAUAGAGUAUAUAUGCACAUUGACUUUUGAUGCCAUUGGGAUACAUUAUCAGGCUAUAGGAACAAGAGUAGAAACAAUUGAAGUAGAGGGGUGAGCUGGCUGCAUUCUGUUUUGGAUAGCCAUGCAUGUGUCCAGUCUUCUGUUCCUAAGAGAUUCAGGACCAGUUUAUUGUCCCCUUACGUGUUUAAGGGGAGAGUUGAUAUGUCUGGGACCUCAUUUGUGUACACUUACUUGCACACAUGCACACAGUGAAUGUCUUAAGCCAUAAAAACAUAUGACCUUAAGACACAAAGUAUUCUAAAGAUGUGAUGAGCAGAGGUUGGAAACUCCAUCGUAGAUGUUUUCCAAGGACCAGGGAGGAAUUAGAUGGAGUGCUAGUGUCUGACUUUGAGAGGCUUUGUUUUUAUAACCAAGUGAGUGAGAGCAUGCCACAUCCUUGCUGGUGGAACACCAACUAGGAGGCUGUCUUGUAACUCAUAAGCAGCAGCUCUCCAGCAUCCCCUAGUAGCCCAGGUGAAGUCCCACCAAGCCGGUGUGUACCACUUUCCAGAGUGGCUAGAUGUUCCUUUGAGAAAGGAGUGCAGUGGAGAACCUAUGUUACUACAGAAGCUCCAGAUAGGGAGUGUCCACCUUCCCUUCUCAGCAGAACUGGAGAGAGGGAGCUCACGGUGGAGGACACUGGACUGUUGCACACUUUUCCAGCAGCAAGGACCCGGAGGAUGGAGGUGGAAAGGUAACUCAAGAAAACAGAUGUCCCUUUGCAGGAUGGAGAACUAAGCUCUCACUGGGAGUGUUAUAAAAUUUAGCACCUUCACUUCAAUUCCUGAAAAUGUUGUUGAAUGGAGAGAAUUUUGGAGUUUCACUUAGCACUUCCCCUUAAGUCUGUGUACAAUUCUGGAAACCCCUAGAAGAGUCCCAGCCACGAGGCUCAAUAAAGGACCACACCGCAGGUUUGAGGCUCACUGCUCUGAGCCCUGAACUCCAGGGCACUGCAGCGGGAGGUGAUCUCUGUUCUCUGGAGCUCCUCCCUGGCCUUCUACUCCAUUUGGACUCCUACUGAGCCAGGGUUCCAGAUUCCUUAGGAAUCCAACUGUCCAAGUGGAUUGACCCUACUGAGGCAAGAUAUCAGCUCUGAGAGUGACCAAAGUCACUUAACAGUCAUGAUAAUUAGUCUGUUCCUGAAGCUAAGACCACUUGUUUUCCAUUUGGAAGAAAUAGUCACACUGAGUUCUGUCCAGGAUCAGAUGAUAUCUUUGCCUUGGCCCCCAAGUUUCCAGAAAUGGAAAACAUUCUGUUUCUGUGGGAAGGGUCAAGGAACAUAAACUCGCUCAACAAUUUGCUCAGUCCACAUGAGAGCUGAUGAGCAAAGGCCUAUAUGCCUCCCUGCAUUCUCUUCUACCUCAAGUUUUAGGAACCCACUUCUAGAACAGAGAUUACACAGUAGACAGCCUUGGUUAUUGUGGGAUUGAAAUACAAGAAAUUAGAUUUUCCAGCCUCGUAACUGGGUUAUAUAUUCACUAUGGCUCAAACUCGUUGGCAGUGUGCAACAUUCCUUUACCUUCAAAGUUUUCUCCACCAAUCAUUUCACUUUUACUGCAGUCUCGGUGCCAUAUGUCCCCUGCAAAUUGUGAAAGUAGUGACAGAAUAGCAGCCAAUUCCUUUUCAGCAGCCAAACUUUCAGCAUUUGCGGAUCUAGCUAAGCUCGUGGUACUGUACGAUGGACUAGAAACUCAUUAUCACCCACUGGACCCAAGUAAUGCCAUCUCAAAAACCAUGAUAUUUAGGGUGGUAAUCCUUUGAACAGAAGAGUAAUUUAUGUGGAUAUUGUUAAAGUGUUUUAAAGAAUAUUUUGAAAAUUAAGUUUACAUUUUACAAUUGCUUUAUUUUUUAUUAAAAUAGUUGUAUAUACAUAUAUAUAUUACCCUAUUCCAUCAUUAUUAAAGUAAACCUGAGUUUUGUAGGCAAGUGAGUCAUCUGGUAUGUAUAGAAGCUGUGGUAUAUAUAGCACAUUUCCCUAUUGUGUAAACGUUCAUGAAUAUAAUAACUGUUCCUGUGUUUUUAUAAGUUGAGGGUAUUUUUGUUGUUUCAUAACAACAAAAUUUAUUGCAUUGAAAAUGGUUUUUAUGUAAUACAAAUCAUGCAAAUAGUGAAGGAUUACAAUAUGUAUAUGGUCUAUGUAAAUGUACAAACUUUAGAAAUAAAUCCAACAACUUUCAAUCA